AUGGAUUCUGACAAGAACCAGACCCAGCUCAACCAGACUGUCAGUGAACAGACUGGCAACACGACGGACAAUGACAAGCCGAAUGCCAGGAAUGAGGCCGACGGUAAGCGUAAUGACCACCAGAUUCCUGGAAAUUACGCUCAAGUCAUGUCAGUGGCAAAACUCGGCUUGAAGAACCGGCGAUCUGGGGCUGAGCUUCAAAGGCGCCGAGCUACCAUUUCGAGAGAACUCGAAGAGACCAGGAAGCUUCUUGUUGAGCUUCGAAGCAGGCUGGAAGUAGCCCCAGAGUUUGACGAAGACGACCUGUCUGAAUAUAGACAGAUCUUGGAAGCUAGGGAGAGGGAUUUGGAGGCGAAAUCGACCCUGUCUGAGGCAGAGGAAGAUAAAGAUCAGGGAUAUGAAGAGCUUAUCUACGAGGAUUUCGAUGGUGAAGACUCUGGAGAUGAUGAAGACGAAGGAGUACCACUCGGACUGGAGGUGCCUUCCGAGAGCCUGCACGAAGAUCGCUGCAGUAGUGUCAAUGACAUCGGGGCAAGCGAGGAAACCAACUCAAACUUGAAUGCUAACUCGGAUGAGGGCAGUGACUCGGACACUGGGGCUAACCUGGUCAAGGGAAAGGGUGUCGAAGUUGGCCUUUCUCUGAACGGGGAAUGUUUCUAA